AUGCCUCCCAAAGCUGCUAAGGGCGAGUACAUCGAGACCGACACGGGCAACAAGAUCUCGCGCCGGUCCCAAAUCCACGGCACGCAGCACAUCAUCUUAGGCGGCAAGACAGUUAUUCAAGCCGAAGCUGUCAUCCGAGGCGACCUCUACCGACUCCCUUCCACCGCCGCCUCUACAGAUCCGAACAACCCCGCACCGCAAUCGAAUGCCCCCAGCGUCGCCAUAACCGUCGGUCGCUACAGCUACAUCUCCAAAAGCGCAAUCCUGCGCCCACCCAGCAGGCUCCACCGCGGCGUGCACUCGUUUUAUCCACUGAAGAUCGGCGACCACGUCUUCGUUGGCGAGUCGGCUGUUGUCGAGGCCGCGUCGCUCGGGAACCAUGUCCAUGUUGGUGCGGGAGCGACCGUGGGCAGUAUGGCUAUCAUAAAGGAUUUCGCGGUUGUGUUGGAUGGCGCUGUCGUUCCACCCGGGAUGGUUGUGCCGAGUUGGUGUGUUGUUGGCGGCCGGCCGGCUCGAAUUGUGGGGGAGGUGGGCGAAGGGUAUGGGGUUGAAGGGGCCGAGGGUGGUAUGGCACGAGAGAGAUACCGUGUCGUUGGGAGGCCAUGA